AUGUCAUCUGAGGAUCGUGAGGCUGUGGAGACCAUGCUCAUCGAUCAUGAUGUUGAUACCGAAUCCCUACCAUAUACAGCACCUCCUGGUGAGGAAGGAGUGGACCUUAGCCAUGAAGGUGGCGAGUACGAGGCCUUUGAGGGACUAGCUCAGCAAAUGGCCAAUAUUUCUGGCUGUCUUAUCUACCACGGUUACCUAGGCUGCUCCCCACUUCACCCAACUGUUGCCAUUUCUCUGCGCACGCUUGCUGUGUAUCAGCAAACUCAUAGGACAUGCCUCCGAUAUAGCAUCCAAGCGCAGUGCAAAAGUUUAUGUCACCUUCACGAUAUUCCGUACCGACCUUAUUUUAAUACACAGUUUUCAGACGCUUAUGAUGUGUACCUUGAGAUUUUGCAUCGUGUCGACUCCCUCAUCAAAGCAGCGCUCAAGCACAACACGCCCAAUUGGCGACUUCUUAACUCGUGUCCCUGUUGCUUUUAUAAGCUUGAGGGUGAACAUCCCCUAGCUUUUGAAUGGCUCGCCACUAUUGACGGAAACAAUAGCUUGAAAAGAUGGUUGUCAUCAAUAUAUGGCACAUCUCCACAUAAUGAUUCACGCACCUAUCGUUCCGACUACUGGCUUAGCCGAGCACAGGCUGAUGAAUUCCAGAAAGGUGCUCAAACGCAAUCAAAAGAACGUAAUGAUGAUUGGGAAGAUGUCAUACAGUCGGAGUCUGCACCAGCAUCAUUCCAUUGUGUCGACCGCUGGCGAAAUGCUGGUCCAGAACAACGUAAACGCAUGUUCUCGAUCUUUGAUGAAUCCGGAAUCAUUGUCGCAGCCUGCCGCCACCGGAUCAUUCUUUUAGCUUGCGAUAUGGUGAAAAGUGGUGAGCUUGCAAAAUACCCAUUAGCCAUUAUAGACCGCCUGCUCGACAUUUAUGGCAAGAACAGGGGUGUUGCAUAUGAUAUCGGUUGUGCAUUCUCUAAAACACUCGACAAUAGUAGCCUGGGUCCCCGCGCUCGCGCACUCAAUUUCCGGAUGAUGGUCGGGGCGUUUCACGGCCAUGCUCAUAACCGAAGGUGUCAGAUUGAUUGGCACCCGCUCUAUAUAGAAGGUACCGGCCACACAGAAGGUGAAGGCUGUGAGCACAUUUUUUCUUCGUCAAACGAGCUUGCUCGUAGCACUCGCCAUGCUAGUCCAUUUCACCGACAUCAGGCAAUCGAGCAGCACUUCUCCUUUUGGGACGAGGACAAGUAUGCAGCCCUUACUUUAACGGCUGUACAAACUCUUAGCGCUGAACUUGCUACUCUCCAAAACUUCCUCCGUUUUCAUGAGCAAGAGCCAUAUUCCAAGCUUCAAAAUGCGGAAGCAAUGGCUUCGCACUUGGAAAUUCAGCUGGGAAUUGAAAAACAAUGGGAGAUCGGGAGCGAGCAUUAUAAUCGCUUCCGCCAGGAAGCCUCACUUUUGAACUAUCAGACGGCACUUGAUGAGCUAGAACGGCUCGUUGUUAUGCGUUUAUUUGAGCUGUCAAAGCUCUCACUUUCAGGGACAGGCUACAAAUUACGCCAACAGAUCAGCAAAGCUUUACAAUGUCGUUCUGAGGCAAUUCGUAAUGCACUCGGCCAAUACAACACUCAGGCCACUGCUCUGGUCCCUCCGCGACCACAGCUGACUUGGAAAGAUAUUGUCGAAUAUAGUUUCCUUGGCAAGUUCGAUCUCUUGCGUCAAUCACGUUCUGACAUCCGCUCUUUGGAUUGGACUAAACCUGCUCACCGUGAAGCUACGGUGAAGUACUUCAAGAUCCAAUGCACUCGUGAAGAAAUCCAACGAUUGAAUGUUGAAAUUCGUCGGUUGCGUACAGCUAUAUACGACGAAGAACUUACGGUAAACGCCACCAUUGAGGUUCUUCUCACAUCAAACAGACCUGUUGGACUUGAAUUGCAACUGCAUCUUUUUAGAUUAGAUCAAAUUGCGUCGCAAUCGAACUUUUCAGGGACAAGAGGAAUUGACAUACCCGCUGUUAUCCAUGCCAGCAAUAACCAGGCAGAGUCAGAGACAGCUGCCUCGAAUAUUUUGGCAUCUGAACAGAGUGAUGGAGAUAUUCUCGAGCAUGAGGAAGAAGCACGGACUGUAGAGGACUUCGCUGAUUUUUUGGCCUCCGUCGCAGACUGA